AUGGAUAAGUACGAGGAUUUAGGACUGGAGGCUAGUAAAUUCAUAGAGGACUUAAAUAUGUAUGAAGCAUCCAGAGAUGGUUUGUUUAGGACGAGAAGAGAUGCAGGUAAUAAUCCUGAUUUUGAGGAGACAAGAAGAGUUUUUGCCUCUAAAAUGACUAAAAUACACAUGCAGAAACACCAAGAGGAAAUGGCUAAAAAUAACCAGGCCAUAAGAAUGAAUGGUGGCCUCCAUAAUGCAUAUUACACCAAGGACAGGCCGCCAAUCAAUAGCUCCAGGCAGCCAGGUGAAGCUGCGGCAAAGCCUCCAAUACUGUCUGGUCCUUUACCACCUGGGGGUUACUCUUCACAUUUCGAAGGUCAGAAGACUCAUUCAGGCACUCAGCCUGAACCUCCAGUCGGCAAGGCAUAUAGCUACGGAAACAAUUACGAUAAUAAGGAACGCUCAGACCUCCAUUUGUACCAGGGUAACACCCUUACUGCCCCCAGCCCAGGAAAUACUUCUCACAGUGCAACCAUGCACACUCGUCAUCCGGCUUUGUGGCCCUCAUCCACAGAGUGCCACAAUCCCCCAUCUUUGUCUGAGAGCAGUAUUGCAUCCUCGACCCUUAUCAGUCCAUUACCUUUGCAGAACCCGGAUGCCACUCUUUCGGCUAAUAUUAGUCCAUCUUCCUCACCUUUUCUCGAAGAAAAACCAGACCUCAUUCCUUCACUGCCUCUUAGUGCCUUCACAGGAGGAGCCAACUUCCAUACACCCUCAGUACAGUCUGCCGCGCACUAUGCACCAACUUCUCCAACCUCAAGAACAGCUUCCAGACAGAAUGGUCCCAUUGUGGCUUCCUCUCAAGUGUCUACCGAAUUACCUCAAACCAAAGUGCAGGUCACUUCUGCCACCAUCAACCCUGGCAAUGUCUCUAAAAGCUUCAGCCAGAGUCAAGAUCAGAGGCAAAUACCAAGCUUUGGGAAGGCCAUUGGUGCUGAAUCAUCUUCCUUUAAGCCUGUACAGCCCCCAGAACAGGGCCCAUCAGCUGCCGAAGAAAAAUUAGAGGCCCUAACUGAUCGCCUGGAAAAGGAGAUGACAACUCAUACAAAAGCUGACUACUUUGGAGUCUGUGUGAAGUGUAACAAGGCCGUGCAUGGUGCCAGCCAGGCUUGUCAGGCAAUGGGAAGUCUCUACCAUGACAACUGCUUCACCUGCAGUGCUUGCAGUCGAAGGUUGAGAGGAAAGGCUUUCUACUACGUUGGAGGAAGGGUUUUUUGUGAAGAAGACUUUCUGUACUCAGGCUUCCAGCAGUCAGCUGACAAGUGCAAUGCAUGUGGUCACCUAAUAAUGGACAUGAUCCUGCAGGCUCUCGGUAGGUCGUACCACCCGGGCUGCUUCCGCUGUGUUAUCUGUAAUGAGAGUCUCGACGGCGUGCCCUUUACUGUGGACACUGAAAAUAAGAUCUACUGUGUUAAAGACUACCACAGGGUCCUGGCUCCUAAAUGUGCCUCCUGCAAACAACCCAUCCUUCCAUCUGAGGGUUCCGACGAGACCGUCCGUGUUGUGUCCAUGGACAAAGACUAUCAUGUGGAGUGCUAUCACUGCGAGGAUUGUAAAAUGGAGUUGAAUGACGAGGAGGGUCAUCGCUGCUACCCUCUGAACGGCCACCUUCUUUGCCACUCCUGCCACUUGAAGCACAUUGAGCCUGGGAGCUCCUCUUCCUUGGCCAGCAGCGCCUCCUAUUAA